AAUGCAGUUUCGAAUUGCGUUAUCAUCUUCGCUUAUUCUUUCUACAGCUGUUCUUUAUGGUAAAUACUAUCGGUAUAUGAAAAAAAUUGAUAAUUUGGAAGGAAAGUAUGUAUUAAUUAUUGGAUGCGAUAGUUCAAUAGGCUUUACUACCGCGAAAAAAUUAACUAACGCCGGUUUUAAAGUCAUUGGAACUUGUUUAACGGAAAAUGCUGAAAAGACAUUACAAGAAGAAUUCUCUGGAUAUAAUUUUCAUGUUAUAAGAGUAGAUGUUAACGAUAUGAAUAGUAUAACAGAUGCUAAGAGAGUUGUUCUCAGCCUCAUUGAUGAUCAAUCGGCUUUGUGGGCUAUAAUAAAUAACGUAGGAUCGAUGGACAAAAUUGGACCGUUUGAUUGGCUAAAGAAAGACGAUUAUAUAAGAUCAUUAGAUAUAAAUUUCUAUGGUCAUUUAAAUAUUUUGCACACCUUUUUACCAUUAUUGAAAAAGAGCAAAGGAAGAAUAAUUACAAACACGACCAGUGAGGUUACUCUUCCACUUCCUCACUUAUCUCCUUAUUGCACGAGUAAAAUGGCUUUAGAAGGCUUGAUUAUGUCGACAAGGCCUGAAUUAGGCGACUUUGGAAUACACAGCAUUGACAUUCAACACGGUUAUAUAAGAACAAACAUGACAUUCAAUAUGCAUGAAAAAUGGAAAAAGGCAUGGAAUGAAAGUGAUCAUAUAUCAAAAACUGAUUAUGAAUCAAAGCUGCUUUUUCAUAAAAAAUAUGAAAAUUUGAAGAAAUUCUCUCAAACUUCAAUGCCAUCUUUCCUACUCUCUAGCGAUGACGUUGCAAAUUGCUAUCUUAAAGCAGUUUCCAGAAAGUACCCAAAAAGCGUUUACUACUUGGGAUUUUAUGGAAAAUUAGUCCAAUUUUUGCGGAUUUUCUCACCUAAUAAUAUAAUAAGAAAGAAGUUUGUAAGAAUUCUUUCUAAUAUGGAUAAUAGCUGA